AUGAUAUACUCGGUCCUGCGGAAGCUUCUGCUUAAGACCAUCGAGUUGUUCGCUAUCCGUCGUUUUCCUGUUCUUUUUUUAUACACACUUUCUCCAACCGUGUGACUUUACAGUGCUAUUAAUAUUGUUAUUAUUAUUAAUAUUAUUAUAUGUUAUAAUAUUAUAUAUUAUUAUAAAGGGAUUCAUUGUAGGACUCGAAAUUUCUUCCAAAUGGAUAUUAAUGCUCAAAAGCUGCUGUUAUUUUUUGUAGCUGGAUUUUUAGAGAACAUUGAGUUGAAAGUCACAUGCAGUCCUCAAGUUCCGGAGUGUAAUAAGACAGCUCUCCACCUGGAGAUGGAGGAGUGUGGAGGACGCUUCAAGACUGAUAUGGCUGAGUUAGACCCCCAGUAUUGGUGCAACUUAACACAUUUUAUUAGCGAGUACCACUACUUUUCACACUGCACAGAGAAAAAUUCAGUGAAGAUUGGCUGCUUUUGGCCCCACCCAGUGGUAGAGCACUAUAUUAUCCUUAUCCACAAACAAUUCUUUUCCAACUGCACUUAUAAAUACAAGGACCUGGGUGACACUCCUGAAGACAAUUUCACCUUAACCAUAUACAUUCUUAUCAUAGUUCCAGUCUUUUUAUCACUGGCCAUGGUCACAUUAGUGGUAUGGUGCAGCAAACAAAGAUAGUACCUAUAGGAUGAUGUUAUGUAUACAGUACAUAAUGCAUGUUUAACCCAAAGUACCACUUACCUGGCCUCAUGAGUUUUGUAUUUGUAUUUAAAUCAUUUGGCUGGCACCUUUAACCAAAGUGAUUUGAUGAGACGAGACAAGCAAUUGAGGUCUAAAAGCCUUGUUCGAGGAUUCAGUAGUGGCUGUUUGCAAAUACUGGGAUUUGAAGUCACAGCCUAAUUGAAGUCACAGCCUCUAAAAAGGCUAAUGAUAGUGUAAUUUCAGCAUUCAGUGUUUCAGGGAAUGUAAAUAGGCAUAAUCACCAAAUUAAUCUGGCUGAGAUUGACAUUUCAGUUGAUAAUGUAAUAGAAGUUUUAUAAAAUAAUCUCGCACGAACAUGAACCUAAAAUUAUAGACAUGUAGUCAUAUGUAUAUAUAUCCUUCAAGGUGCUCUGAUGUAUUAUUCUUUUUCACCUUUUGCUUUCUUCCAAAACAAAAUUGUUGAUAACAAGAAAUUGGACAGACAAUAAAGAACCAUAAAACACUACAUUUCUAAGACAACAGAAAAUGGAUAAGCCUUAAACCUACUAUGUAUUGACUUUACUAUGUGAAAGAAAAAAUUCAUGGGCAUGAUUAGGACAAAGUGAUCUUUCCUUCACUGAAUAGUUAAUAAAUCUUAAAUAGUGAGUCAUCCUGAAGUAUGAAAGGAUGCAUGGUAAUGGAAAGUAUUGCACUAAGAGUGACCCUAACACACAAAUUGAACGGAGAAAUCUAUUCUCAACUUUGUUUUAGGCACUGAGAAGGACAUAAAAUACUUUCCCAGAAUCUGCAAUGAAACAUGACUUAAGGGAACAAAAACUACUAUACUAUAAAAAUACUAUACAGUAUAUGUGAAUUGAGGGUAAAAAAUAUAGACACUCUGUACAGAUAUGCACAUAGCAUAUCUGCAUAUAGCUUAUUAAUCUCUUUAUCCUUUUCUGCUCUGUCUUUUUCCCACUAACAUCAGUUCUUCCCCUUUUCCCACACUCACAAACAGACAAUCCAAACAGGAUGUCAACCCCCACUGGCCUUCCUUCUCCAUAUAACUGCAACUGAUUUGUCUCCAUCCACACAGACAUAUUCCCGACCCCCAGGGAUAUACGACCUACAGUAUAAAUAAAACCUCUUAAACUUUUUAUUUUUAUUGCAGUGCAUGACACAACAUUUGUACUCCAUCUUUAACCUUUUAAAACAAAUUACAAUAUUUCAUCAUUAAUAUGAAGCUAAAGAUUUUUAUUUAGGUCCUGGAUUUUCAAAAGCACAGUUUUAGUGCUAUACUUACAUUACUAUAUUACAGUAAUCUUUAUGCUGCAAAAAUCAGUCCAAGGGUUUCAAAUGUCUAAUUUGUUGAGGAAAUGUUAUGUUGGAUGACAUAUAAUCUAAUUUUAUUUAUUUAUGGCUGAAAUUGAAUCUGUUUCAGAAAUAUGAUGGAAGCCUCAGGCACUAAUUUCCUGUUUAUACGUUAAAUUACACACUGAUGAUUAGAUUUUUAAUCUAAUUUGAUUAGUCAUAUAUGCAGCUGAGUGAAUGUCUUAUCAGCUCAUUUUAAUGACUUUUUUGC